AUGUCAAGGUCAUCAUAUAAAUUAACAAGGCGUGAAACUAAGGGAUUGAUUGACAUUAGUCAAAUUCCUAGUGAACGAUAUGACUUUUCGCUUAUUCUAACAUGUGCAAGAAUCCUUUAUCGAGUUCAACUGAAAUUCUUUUCACAAGAUAGCAUCAAAAAUUCAGAAAUAAACGAGAUCAUAACUCGUGAAAUCGAUCGAAUUCAACAUCACUCUAACGCAUCUUUGAAAUAUCCGAAUUCGCUAAAUGACUCGGAUACCGGGAUAAUAUUUAAUUACGGUAAUCAACUGGCAAGCGCUGAAAAACCUCUUGAAAUCAUGCGCAGUAUGCUGACAGGAGACACAUAUGUUCGUAUUCGGUCCCGUGAAACUGCUGCUGUUCGACGAGUUUAUAAAAAUCUUGUGACCUUAAUUGAUGAUUUACAAAUGGCAAAAAACGCGUCUUCCGAUCCAAAAGAAUCUAAUGAAAACUCAACCUCUAAAAGAUUACUAUUUCGACAUAUUAAUUUCGCUGUCACUGAUUCGCUGAUAUCUGAGGAUGAAGCCAACUCAGCUUUUAUUGAACCUCCAUUACCGCUUCUAUGGCUUCCAACAUUAACGAAUGGGGAAAAAGUAACGCAAAGAAAAACUUCUGCUUUUGCGUUACGCAAAAGAAAAGGAUUUACAAAUAGUAGCAAAUUUCGCAAUCGGCUAUUAAGAAUGCCACAUGUUCAAGCAAUUACUGGAAAUUCGCGUGCAAAUAGUUCCGGUAAUGACAUAAGUAUGAAAUGUCUAAGAAAAAAGAGAAAAAUCGAAAAACCUCAAAGAAAAUCAAUAAUCAUAGAUAUUGAAGAGGAUGAACACGCUAUUCAUCACUCUUCAUUAGAGCCUGAAGCGAACAUGGCAAAUAAACGAGAUGCCAUGUCAAUUGAAUUUUUAGCUUCAAAUAGCAUUCAACUUCCGUCUAUAAGCAAUGUAUUAAGAAAUGCAUUACUCUCAAGUCACCGCUCAGCGUUUACGAGAAUUUUAUCAAAUAAUACCUCGCCACAUGGUCCUAUGUAUUGUUGCAAUCAUAAUUUAAAGAAAAAUUUACGUCAAUUGUGCCCUUGCAUAUCAAUGAAUGCACCUCGAGUGCAAUCAGCUUCGGUUAAUUAA